AUGUCGGAGAUGUCGCAGCUGCAUGAAACCAAUGAUUAUGACUUUAACCUCUCCGUACUUCCACUGUUGGAGUGGAAUUUGGAUGGGGAGAGCAUGAGUUUGAAUGCACCAACGCAGAUGACCUCACCUGGCCAUGCCUCCAACGUCGUUACCGGUAACGAGGGCAUUGGAGAAUCAGAAGCGGACGACGAGGAUAAUACGCGUAGCAAUGCUGAACUGAUUAAAGAUACUGAAACGACGGACCGUGGCCACGAAGUAGCUACACCAGAUCUCUCGAGAGAAGACUUGGAAAGCCGCAGCUCUGCAGCCAUAAGUACGAGCGACUUGGGAAUCCAGUGGGAUCUAAAAGUGAGCGUGGAGAAAAGAAAUGCCUGGCUUCACAAAAUCGUUGUCGAAUACAUCCACGAUGACAACUCCAUUGGCCACUGUCUGGCGUACUACAUCAAUCGGUAUGCUAUUGAUAUUAGCAAGGUUGGUAAAUUCUGGGAGAGAAUCGAAUACUCAGAUCAAUUUUCGAUACUAGGUCCCGAUAUCUUUGACGGAGAUGGAAAAUUCCGAAAGUGUUACUACAAGGAUCCUAUACAGCGAGGUACAGGAGCAUGGGGUAAAAUCGAACUGAAUCGCGGGCCUCUUUUGUUUAUUGAGCGCCUCAGGGUCACAGCCAGAGAAUUCCGCGGGACGGGACUAGAACGCGCAAUCGUUCAUAAGAUCAUCGACCUGGCACAUGCAGUGACGUCCUGGGAAGGGAAGGGAGCUUUCCAGGACCAGAAUCGAUUUUACGACCAAAAAUCUCUGACCAUGGUACCUAGAAGAUUUCGGCAAAUCACAGAUCUUAACGUGCUCUUUGUACCUGUCUCUCAUCAAAUCGAUUACGAAGACUUGAGAGGGAAGUCUCGACAAGAACAAUACGAGAUAGGAUUGGGACUGAGAGAGUUAGUUGAAGCUUUUUGGCGAUCACUUGGGUUCCGACGCAUCGGGGUUUCUCGGUGCUUCGGGCUAAGUUUCGAUCCUAAUCAUGCGUCACGUAGGAUGCCUAUGGAAAGUGAUUGCGACGGACUUGCUCAUCCAAGAAUGGACGAACACUCCCGCGAGAAAGACAAACAUAGCCUUUGGGCCUGGCUGCUGUCACCGGAACGAAAGAGACAAAUGGAACAAGAUUUCAUUUUCCAUUACCUUACAGCUAUAUCCACGGAAAGACAGUACCUAGAGUUUUACAAAGAUCUCAUCAACCGUGAGUCUGUCGCAAAUCAGCUUGGAGAUAACCUGCUUCAUAUCGCCGCCCGCUCCUUGAACCUUCGAUGUAUAAGGUGGCUAUUGGAAAAUUAUAACCAAGCACAAAAUUUGACUUCCGCUCGCAACAAAGGUGGAGGUACCCCUUUCGAAGUCUUGAAAGCUAAUCUUGAGGGCAUCCGAAAUAGAAAGGACCAAAACGGAAAUUGCCAAUUUGUUGGAUACUUGUUCGAAGAAGUGGAUUGUAUUAUUGCUUUCAAGGGUAUUAAAAAGCUCCCCAGAACUGAUAUACAGUAUCACCGUCUCACGUAUGGCUGCACAUGUGGCGAGUGCGUAGAAGGCUACAUAUCACCACUGAUGAAAGCGGCGCUUCUUUACGAGUGUGAUGAAAUCGAGAAACGGUCCCACAGCUAUGCUGAGUAUGGAUUUCCAGAUAAUAUGCUGCUGCACAUACCAUCUUCUGUCCAGAUAAUCCAACGCAGCGUGCCCAGCCGUCGUUCUUUCUUAGCAUUAUUGAAAGCUGUAGCUUUCUGGCUCAGGCAGCCGAUAAACCCUGCCCCACGGCGGAAAAUCGUCAUAUCUCGAUUUACUAGCGAUGGCGGGCAAUGGGAUAGAGAUCCUGAUAUUGCUCCGGAGAAAUGGGUGACACUCGCAGGGGCCACCGAUGCUGCUCUAGCUUUCAUCUUUGCACUUGCAAAACAUCACGAUUCUCGGAUUGGAGAUGGCAGCUUUGAAGCAAGUGCCCCGGACAUAGCGAAUCUAAAACCAUGCAGAAAUGACCAUGAGUUUGACUUUGUUGAGAGGGUUCGUGUGUUCAGAGAUGAUGAAGAGGAAAAAGCCGCGAUGUGAAGAACGGUUUUUGGAUGUGUGCUCUUGCAUUGGCAGGACUCGGUCACCAUUGUCGAAGUGUAGUUGGGUAGCUCAUUAUUGUUUUUGGUGAUUAAGCUGUACCGUUAGUUUUAAGUUUCAUCAUAAGUACUCUUGGAUUACUCUGCACAUACCUAUCUGUUCUUGACACCAUUUGACUGAAAUUUACAUAAGUGGCAGACACAGAAGAACUUGCUACCUCAUCUCUUAUUUCUCAGGUAUGUGCAAGACCUUGCACGAUACACUCUCGACAAUCCCAGAACCCUAGAAAUUUGUACCUAUAAGCCAAGCAAUCAAAUCCGAGUCCUUCGGCAACUCAGGAUAAUCCAUCGCAAUGACACCGUACCU